CGCCUAAGGGUUUUCUUCUCGAAAAUGUGUGUAUGGCGCAAUGAUAUCCUUAGCCAGCUAGCAGCGGUGGAUGAGCAAGUAUCUGAGGAAAUUCUUCACCCUUGCUUUGAAUGAUGUGGCUAAUCAAUAUGCGAUCCCUGCCAAGUCGAUGACAGGAUGGGUGUUGACUAAGCAUUGGGCUCGCAAAACGGAUCUCCUCAAUAAAGCAGUUGUCGACAGUCUUGGUAUACGUAAAGAUGACAACAUAUUAGAAUUAGGAUAUGGGCGUGGCAAUGCACUGCAGUACUGUUUUGAUCGAAUUGCGGAAGGUGAAGGCGUUGUGUUUGGAAUUGAUCGUUCUCCGUAUAUGUACGAUUGUGCCCUGCACCGAUUUGCAUUGGAAAUUGCCGAAACAGGAAAAAUUAGACUUGACCAUGCUCCAGACCUACGCAAUCUGCCGUACCCAUCCGGUAUUUUUGACCACAUCUUUCACGUGGAUCUCUUUUAUUUUAUACACCAAAAUGUGAUGAAUGAAGUGUGUAGAGAGCUUUGGCGGGUUUUAAGACCUGGUGGAACGAUAGUUUGUGGAAUGCAAUUUGAAAGAUUGAAAAGACUAUCACAUUGGGGGUUGCUCGAAGAAUCUCAGUGGGAUCCCAUGCGCUACAUGACGUGCCUUGAACCUGCCGGGUUUGUUGAUGUCAAGAUUGAGUACAGAUCAGACGCGAAAGUUGGCGAGUAUCAGUUGGUCAAAGCAAAGAGACCGGCGGAGGACAAGGCCUUCGAAAACCCCGACGAGACAAUGCGAGAGCUCGAAAUACAGAUCAAAAAGGAAAUGCUUAUAGCUGAAUUGUUGAAAACUCGGCGAAAACUGACGAAGGAGGAGCAGGAUAUUUUAGACGAAGAGAUCCCUUUGAAGAAAUAACAAGACCUCUGGUCUUUUUCAAAUCAUUUCAGGGCAAUUCUGGUCAAUCCAUUGUUUGAUAGGAGUUUGUGGAAAUAGGAAAUUUGAUGGCCCUUUGUUGUGUUCUGAUGUUGUUUUAGCAAACUGCAAAGUGAAGACAAAAAUUUUUUAGGCUACUUC